GAGGACCAUUAACAUCCUCGAAGAAGACGAGGUCCAGUCCCACCUUUAAUACUGUCUCCUGAACCCUGACCUGCAGCUGUGACACUGUCAACAGAGGUUUGGUGGAGUGUGGAAACUUACAAUUGUUACUCAGCUGUCUGUUUGGAAUAUGUUGACACUUGUGACUGUUCCUCAUGACAAGUCGUGUUUUGUUUCGUUCUGUAGCUAAUCCAAUAAGACUAUGUCCCCCUUGUUGUUUGGAAAGCUGUCCGAUUUGGAGUGGUGAUUUAGCUCGUGCAGAGUAGUCGUACUGUUCAUGUGCUUUUCCCACUAUUUUGUCCAGCAGCUGCAGCUCCACUGCAGCCGCUCUGUGUUCAGUGUGUGUGUCAGUGUGGGUUAUUCACAGUGCUGCUAUGCAGACUUACUGGAGCCACGCUCAGACAGCCCGACUGUAACACUGAGUCUGACACAGGCCUGAAUACUGCUCACACAGAAAGAAGCAUUUACAUCUGAGGAAAAGCUGUGUGUACGUCGUGAUCCAGAGGGACAACUUGUGCGGAAUAGAUGUUACACAGCUUUCUGUUUUAAUGUGGAUUAUUCAGGAUGCUGCUGUGCAGACAGAAUGGAGCCACAGAAAACCUGCUGGUGAAGUUAAAGCAACACAUAUGACUGUGCAGCUUCUGUCAGUGCAGCUGAACAGUUUGUGUGUUACACAGUUUGCAGCUGAAGGUUCAUCAGGAAGGUAGGGUCUUUUUGGGAGGAUGUCUUGUAUUAUGAAGAAUGAAACACAAUUCAUACUGGAUUAGUAUGUGUACUUUAUAAAUUGGAAAGUUUCACAUAGCUUUGGGUGAAAAGUGAAAGUGAAAACUGAAACACAAAAGUCCACUUGUACUUUUUACAGUAAUGAAGCAAGUGCUUCUAGCAGGAGGAAGUUUAGAAAGAUGACAGGAGGAAGUUCAUAUGAGUGACAUUUAAAGCAUUUUGCUGGGAUUAAAGCAUUUUGCUUUGCUGUCAAUACUUGUUUUUGUUUAGUUUAGUUGAAGUUUAUUGUUUGAAUUGAUUUCACUUAGCUUGUUACACUAACUGUUGGAAAAUGAAGAACCCUCAUCCACUGGAUAAUACCUGGAAUACAUCAAAUAACAAAGAGCCAGUACUGAUCCCUGUCCCAGACACUAACAAGAAGUUCAAGAGAAAAUCACGUGAGCCUAAAAGGCUUUUCAGCCCUGAGCCUGACAGGAUGAACACCUUCUCUACAGACAUGUCAGAUAUGGACUCAAUAGAUGACAUCCAGACAGAGUUGAGUAAUGUCAACAGAUUGGCUCCACAACAGAGGAAGCUAAUGUCACAGGAGGCCCAUACUGCAGGGAUUCUGUCAGGAGUACCAGACGGCAAAGUGGCUCCAUCUCAGAGUGGUGGACCCAUAGACAUGAGAAUUGGCAGUAACAUGCCUGCCAUGACUUCCAAACUGUGCAAGUUACCUAGCUCACCCUUCUCUAACGUAGAGAUUGCCCACUGGCCUGCAGCGAUCUCCCAGCCUUUGUCCAACAGACUCAAACUGGGCCCCCGCUCCACUUUCCCCCUGUCAACAUCAAGCAGCAGUAGCCACAGUCACCAGACCUUCUCUCUGGAGCCCUCUCUGUCAGGCCAAGCAGCAUCUCUACCUGUCCCCAGAAGCUCCCAAACCCCCCAGUGCCACGAACACGUAGAGCUUCAGGUCCAUUCACCUAAGGAGUCUCCCAGGAAGCGGGUUGGGAUGAGUGCUGAAGAGCCUGGGCGCCUUCCUGAGGUCAAAGCCAUCCAGCAGACCAGGAGGCUUCUAGCCAAUGCCAGGGAGAGGACCCGUGUUCACACCAUCAGUGCUGCGUUCGAAGCCCUAAGGAAGCAGGUACCAUGCUAUUCCUAUGGACAGAAGCUAUCCAAGCUGGCUAUACUACGCAUAGCCUGCAACUACAUCUUGUCUCUGGCUCAGUUGGCUGAGCUGGACUACAGUCCAGACCACAGAAGUCUGAGCUUCUCUCAGUGUGUGGAGCAGUGCACCAGGACCCUGCAGGCUGAGGGCCGGAGCAAGAAGAGGAAGGUUGGAAGGAUGCCAGAAGAUGUGUGAUGUUUUCAGAAUCUUCUCUUCUUGCUGUGGCCUCAUGCAGACUAGAAGCUGCACAGCCAUCAUCAGGCUCAACUCAUCUGUGGUAUUUGGUUGAAAAGAGGUAAAACCCAGGAUGUGUUUACAUGAAAAAACAAUAAUGUUCACUACAGUAACAAAUGGUAUGGAGAGAGAGAGACACAUUAUGUUAACAGCCAAAAGCAAUACAGACAAACAGGCUCACGUGGCCAAUGGUGUUCUUUCACUUAUAUUUAGUAUGUUGUUUUUACUAUGCCUGUAUCACAUGCUUGGACGGCCCGGAGGCUAGUGGUGAUGAUGAUGAUGAUGAUGAUGAUGAUGAUGAUGGUAACUAAUUGUAGACAUUGUAUUUUUAAAACCAAGUGAAAAAAUUAAUUUCUAACAUAUUUUUGGAAAUAGAGCUUUAGUGUACAGAAUGAGUUCACUGACAUUUGGACUUACUUAAACAUUCUGUUCCUGAAUAUUAUUUUACAGUUAAUAAAUAAGAAUUGACAAUGUUUACAUAAAGCUACACUUUGUACAGUCUUCUCUAUGGCCUCACUGAAUGUUUUGGUGUUAAUGUUAACAUUGUGUUUUAGUGUUGUGUAUUACUUUGUGAAGUGUCUUUGUUCCUGAUGCUAAUUCAGAAUUAACUGUGAACCAUUCAAUCCUAAAGGUGCCCUCACAGCAACAGGAAAAAUAACACAGUAUAUAGUAAAAUGAAGAACAGAUAAUAAAAUGCAUACAUCAAUCUUUUGCUUUCAUGUAAUAAUUGACAUAGUUUGAUGAUAAGUGUACAUAAAUCCUAACAGACAAAUAUGAAUAAAAAUACUUUCACAAAUGUUUCUGUUUCAAUGUUUAACACUAAAAGUGAGAUGUAUAUGUAUCAUUGUAUGUGUUUUCAAAUGGUCACUUUACCAAAUUAAUUUCAGAUUGUAUUAAUCUGCUUCUGAGAUUUCUUCAUCCACUCAAAUGAAAUUACAUUAAUUUUUCCUCACUGUAUCAAGCUGGAAAGUUUUCAAUGAUGCACAUC